AAGAUAGCUGCCAGCAGCUCGUCAGCAGGCUGUGGAUCUUCAAAGGUUCCAGCUCAUCUCGCUCAGCAACCACAGCAUUCAUCGCCCUCAGCUGCAUAGCCCGGCGGAUUGACGUGAGUGCACUGUGCAUUCAUGGAUCAUCAGCAUGUCUGAGGCAGGUGCCUUCACAGCUCCGCCCUGCCCGGCCAUCGAAUCCCGCCGCAGUGAGGUGAUGUCACUGGUGCGCCGGGCGGUGGCGGGGGAUGGGUGCGGCAGGGUGGUGGUGGUGACGUCUGGCGGCACCACAGUGCCCCUCGAGAAGAACACGGUGCGAUUCAUCGACAACUUCAGCUCGGGGCUCAGAGGCGCUGCCGCCACAGAGUGAGCUGCACCAUCGGUUGCUUGACGGAUGGGUUGACUUGACGUGUGUCUGUCUGCCUGCCUGCCUGCAGGUAUUUUUUGGAGUCGGGUUGUAGUGUGGUGCUGUUCAGUCGGGAUUCUGCCAUCCACCCGUUUGUGAGGCACCUGCACACAGGACCCCUCAACUGCAGGCAAGCAAGAGGGACGACACAGGGCAGGGGGCGGGCCGUCGACAUGUGUGUGUCUGUAUGUGUGUGAUGUGUGCUAAGUGCUGUUUUGGCUGUGUGCAGUCUGCUGGAUCGCAUCGAGGCACAUGGCACACCAGACGCCGACAAGCAGACAGGUCGGUCAACGGGUAGGUGGGUUGUCAAUGUGGGUGUGGUGUGGACCCACCACAGCACUGUGUGUGUGUGGAUCGAUGGAUGCAGUCUGUCUGCGGCCAGCGUCUGACAGCUUCCAUCGUGCCCUUGACCUCUACAAGAGGACCCGCGAUCGAUUUGUCCAGAUAAACUUCCAGUCCGUCACGGAAUACCUCUUUGGCCUGCAGUAGGACACACACACACACAGAGUACACAUCAAAUCACCCCAGCCACGUACAUAUCCCUUCCUCUGGCUGGCUGUAGGAUGUUGUCUGAGGUGUGCGAGCCGUUGGGGGCAGGUGCGGCCUUCUUUCUUGCAGCCGCCGUGUCCGACUAUUUCAUACCCCCACAACAAAUGGUCAGUCAGCCACCCAGGCGACCCCUUGCGGACGGACUCACACACGCCACGCACACACGCACGGACGCGACGAGCAUGGACAGGACGGCUGAAUGAAUGUGUGUGUGUGUUUGUCAGUCCGAGCACAAGAUUGACAGUCGGUCUGGCGAGGGCCUCGACCUCCACCUCAGCCAAGUCCCCAAGCUACUGUAAGCACCGCACGUAACACAAACACCUCUCGUCGGAAGUGUCUGUCGAUGAUGGAUGGACGGAUGCCGUCAUUGGGUGCAUGUAUGUGAUGCGUGCACUGCAGUGGUAUGAUCCGCGACAAGGCACCCAAGGCAUUCAUUGUGGGCUUCAAGGUAAGUAAGGUGCACAUGACAUGCAUCCAUCCCAUCCCCACACCCGGCCAUUGGUUGAUUGGCACACACGGUGUGUGUGGCGGGUGUGUGCGUGUGUGUUUGCCGACAGUUGGAGACGGAUCUGUCUCUGCUGAAGCCCAAGGCAUGCAGAUCACUCGCCAAAUACAACCUCGACAUGGUUGGCACACACACACGCACACGCACACGCACACGGACAAGAGCGCACCGCACCCUCCAUGCAUGCCCUUUGUGCAGGUGAUAGGGAACGAGCUGCACACGCGGCGCGACAAGGUGGUGUUCUUCUUGCCACAGGAGCGGGAAAUCACCAUCACACGGACAGGCGAGGUGAGCAGCACAGGUGAUCGGACAUGCAUGAUACUUCAUGUGCUGCUGCUGUGUGUGUGUGUGUACCUUGUAGGUUGAGCUGGAGAGGAGUAUAGUGGAGCGGUUCAACGAGCUGCAUGCCGCAAAGAUAGAGACAGAGGCACAAUAAAUAGCCUUCAAUGCCAGCCAGGAGGGGAGAGAGACAGCCUCGGAGCUCUCCUCGCCCACAAAUUGUUGGUUGAGAGGGCAAACAAGCAAUGUCUUGCGACGCUCUGCAUACUUGAUGAAUGCAGCCCUGAGUUCGUGUUAAACAUAUUAGUGGCCGGGCGGUCGACAUGUCGUGGC